AUGGCCCCAAGAUUGCGCAGCGCGCUCGCAAAGAGUCUGUCGCGUCCACUGGAUAAUAGUGCUGUCUUUUACUGCCCCUCAUGUGCGAUCUGGCGACGAACCUUGUCCACGCGCGCCAACACUAGUCGCAGAAUCGACCUCCCCGUCACAUCUCGGCGAGUCGCUAGAGCUCAAAGCACAAUCACAGCAUCAGCCCCCAGGACAUUUACCACAACUUCUAUUAUUACCGCGAAGAGCGUGCCGCCGCGGUUCAAGGAGCUGCAUGCCGCCCUCGAGGGAGUGAAGGAUGCCGCCCUGGAACAAGUGAAUCUCAGUCGACUGCAAUUUGCAUUACGGGGAUUGGAGUCUGAAACACCUCUUGUUAGGAUAGCCGUGCCAUCGCCUAUCCUAAAAAAAGGCAACCUGGAGAUCCUAGUUAGCACUCUAGGCUCCGAGCCUGACCACCACGCUGCUACGUUCCACGCCGACACCUUCCUCGUCCCCACAGUUACCAUUCAGACCUCGCACUCCGGUCGGUAUAACGUUAUUCGGUAUCCCGUGCACCACACAAUCGUAUGCGGACGUGGAGUUGAUGGCCUGCUGUCGUACAGCACAAUGAUUGGUCGGUCAAACCUGAAGAAUGAGGCCACUUCAGUGCGCGGAGCCAUUGAACUUGCCGUGGCAGACCAAAAAUCCACACACGAGCGACUCUCCCUGGUAGAUGUCGACCGUGCCAGCACAGCACUGGAUAAAUUCCGUGAAUCCGUCCACAAUGCUUCUGACUACGAACGUGGGUGGAAUGGCAGUGGCGUGCAACCUCUUAUCGAUUGGCUUGCAACUUUCUCGGAAGCAUCCACUGGAAAUGGGCUAAACCCGGCGUUGGUCCCUCUUGUGGAGUCCCUCAUUGACGCAGCCGACGCUAGUGUAAUCGUCAGAGACGCCAAGGCGCUCCAUGAUCAAACUGCCGGCGUAGCCCCUGAGGAGAUUCGAUCCAACUUGACCCGGGGCGUGACUACCUGGGCAGAGCGUGCUCAUUCCGAGCUCCGCAGUUCCCUCGAGGCAGGACUGGCCAGUCCACGCUGGCGCGGUCUUGCAUGGUGGAAACUCUUCUGGCGUGUUGACGAUGUGAGCAUGAUUACAUCUGAGAUCUUGGAGAGGAAGUUUCUUCGCCGGGCAGAGAAGGAGGUCAUCUGGACCGUGGGCAAGUACCAGCAGGCCGGCCUGUUGAAAGAGCCUUCAUCUUCAAUCCCCGACUCCACCAAGGAUUCUGUCAUGCCUCCGUGGCCAACCCAGAUUCCCGACCUUCGCACCAAGCUCCUCACCACCACCGUGCCAUCCCUUCAAGCCCUCGCUCAGAGUCUGGUACUUUUCAGUGUAUCCACCACGACUCUAACUUCUGCUCUCUCCGCUCUGACGUAUGUGGCUCUUCCGUCGGCCGGAGUUUACGAAUCAUGUACCCUUGCCGCCGUGGGUUUGAUAUACUCCAUGCGUCGCCAGCAGAAGAGGUGGGAUGUUGCCCGUACUUUUUGGGAGGCGGAGGUCCGCGAGGAAGGACGCACAUCACUGCUGGAAACCGAAGCUGCUCUUCGCGGUAUCGUGCAGGGUGGCGGCAGGAUUGUCAAUGAUCUGUCGGAACCCCAUGCACGAAACUGCGUUGCGAGAGCGAGAAAGGCUUUGGAGGAGUUGAAGUUAUAA